UUUAACCCCCCAAACACACAAACAAAUACUCUCUUAAAAUCCAAAUAAUCAAAAAACCCUAAAUCCCCAAAUUUGAUCAUGUCAUCGGCGGCAGGCGGUGGCGCCGGAGAAUUCCGAUCAUCUAAACCUAGCUCCGAUUCCAGCUCUUCUAGUUGUAGUUCUAAGCUCAAUUCAGAAUUCAAUUGCUCAUUUUCCAUGUCAUCGGGUUCGGAUUUUCCGGGUCGAUCAAGGCGAAAACCGAGGCUCAUGAAGAUGAGGAAACAAUCGGGUCCUCAAAUUGACUCGAAAGAAUCGAGUUUUAGUCGGGUCGACCCGGUUUCAAAGAGCUCGGAUUGCUACUGGAGAAGUGACAAUGUGAGCUUUGGUUUUUGUGCUGGUAAGACUGAUGAUCCUGUUUUGAAAAUGAGGAAACAAUCGGGUCCUCAAAUCGACCCGAAAGAAUCUAGUUUUAAUCGGGUCGAGCCGGUUACCAAGAGCUCGGAUUGUUGCUGGAGAAGUGACAAUGUGAGUUUUGGUUUUUGUGCUGGUAAGAGUGAUGAUCCUAUUUUGAAUUUUAAUUUGGAUUGUUUAAGUGAUGUUUUUGGUUCUAAUAAGAAUUUAGGGGAAAUGUUGAACGAAAAAAAUGGAGAAUUUCGUGACAAUGUGGAGGUAAUGGGAGGAUUUAGAACCGGAAAAAGUGGUCUGGAUUCAAAUUUGAAGGAUUUGGGGUUUGUUUUAGGAGCUAAUAAUACGAGUAGCUCGAAGUUUAUUUCGAAGAAAAAGAAUGGUGAUCAAAUGAAUAAGAAUAGCUGGAUGUCCUAUCUGAAUUUGUCUAAUAAGGAACCUGAUUGUAGUGAGAGGACUGGUAAUUCGAAGUCCAAUGUGGAAUUUAGAGAGAGGGAGUUUUGUAGCAAUGUAGGACAAUCACAAGUUGAUGAGAUCAAGAAUUGCUCGAGUGAGUCUCAUAAAAACGAGGCUAAUGGAAGUACAUUGCAAUCGGAUAAAUUGAAUGCUAACUUUGUGUUUGGUGCUAGUAACGGAGCGCGUAAUAAAGAUGAAGCAUACAGGGGGGGAGAGUAUCAAGGUUCAAAAGUGGAUGGCACUUUUGUUUUUGGUUGUGGCAUCAAAGGGAAGAACAAAUUGAAUGAAAAUGGAAAAGUAGCUGAAGAUGUGGAUAGUUUUGACAGGGAAAAGACCCUAGAUCACAGUGGUCGUUGGAAUGCCCAAAAAAGUGACUCGGAUGCUGAUGGGAAGCUCAAGUUUGCUUCUAGUAGCAAUAUUGUAGACACUGGUUUACCAAAAAACCCCAUUUUUAAACUCUCUAAUGAGAUGAAUUCGUUGAACAUUGGCCGUUCAGCGGUUAGUGGUGCUGAGAAGACCGAUAGUAUGAAUGAAAAAUCAAGUGUCAACAUCCAGAAUGUAUUUGUGUUUGGACUUAACCAAAGUACUUCAAAUGUUUCAACUGAAACCGGUGCUUGUAAUUCUUGUGGUCGGCCCGAGGAUGUCAACGUAAAAUAUUCUGGUAGUAGCUCUGGUUUUGAUAAAGCUGACACAAUUAAUAGCGAACCAAAUGCCAAGAAAGCUUGUGCAUCCGAAAUUGAUGAAAAUAUUGCCAGUUCGUUAAAGGGAAGCAAGGACAAAAGGAUGCCUGGAGCAACGGUUCAUACAAAUGCUAAGUUUGGUCUUUCCAGUGAGCAAAUAAAUUCAUUUAGCUUCUCAGCAGGAACCUCUGGGAAAGAAAAUCAGCCAAUAAAUUUAAACAGUGAGACUGGUGCCUCAAGUGAAUUCCUGCAGAAGAAUCUAAACAGUGACGUUGAGAGGGAUAAGCCACCCUUUCCAUUAUUUACACCAGAGAGCUUUGGUUCCCAGCACAAAGUUGAUGCCCCGGAAGCACUUUCUGGCCACCAAGCUGAGAAGAAGGAAGAAUUCAGCUUUCCAAGCACACCAUUUACACCUGGGAAGCCCUUUUCUGAUUUUAGUGCAUCCAAUUCAAGUAAAUCAUUUUCCUUUACUGCUAAUUUAUUUUCCGGAGUAAAUGAAAAGUUGGGUGGUGGAACAAGUAGCAGAUUGAGGGACAAAAGAGUGAAAAAGAAGAAGUCAUUGAGGCAAGAAAACUUGGUACAAGGGUUAGCUGGCAAGACUAAUUUGUCUAACGGAAACAGUUCCAUGCGCAAUAAUGAGUCUCCUGGAUGUUCACCUAUGGAUUUCUCACCAUAUCAGGAUACAAAUUCUUCUACAUCUGCUUAUAAUUCUACUGGGGCAACUGAAACAAAGGAGGAUGUGGUUGCUGCCAAAGACGCACCCGGUUUCAAUGACUCUCAGAAGAAAUGUGGAGGAGGAAAUGAGAGAGUUUCUAGGACUGAUUCAGUAACGGAGUCUGAUACUCGGAGAUAUUUUAGUUCCUAUACUUCACCCUCUGCACAAGAUGGGUUAUCAUCCAUAAGACGCCAGUAUAGGAAAAAAUACAGAUUAAAAGUUGAUAGUGGUUCAAAUAACUUAAAUCAUAGAAAAGUCGAAUUUUCCACUGACACAGUUCAACAUGCUUCCUUUGGUAGUAAAAGUUCAGCAGACAUCCCAAGCGGAGUUACAUCUCAUAGGAGAAAUAAAGGGAUACAUGUGUCUAAAGCAGACGAAGACCGUGAGAUGAUUGGGCUCACUGUCCAUGAAACCUGUGAAAAGUGGCGGAUCAGGGGAAACCAAGCCUAUAAGGCUGGAAAUCUAUCGCAAGCUGAGGAUUUAUACACCAAGGGUAUCAAAUCAGUUUCCGCUACAGAAAUUUCAGGCUCUUGCCUAGAGCCUCUUUUGUUAUGCUACAGCAACCGAGCUGCCACACGAUUGUCGCUUAGAAGGAUGAGGGAAGCCAUCAGUGAUUGUGCAUCUGCAGCCGCCUUGGACCCUCAAUUUCUUAAAGUGAAAUUAAGAGCAGCAAAUUGUUAUCUGCUUCUUGGUGAGGUUGAAGAAGCCCUUAAAUAUUACAACAAUUGCUUGGAAUCAAGAAUAAAUUUAUGCUUGGAUAGGAGAAUUACAAUUGAAGCAGCAGAAGGCUUGCAAAAAGCACAGAAAAUAUCUGAACAUUUGCACCGGUGUUCUGAACUUUUGCAACAAAGAACUCCGGAUGCAGCAAAAAAUGCACUUGGAAUUACCGAUGAGGCCUUGUCUGUCAGCUGCUAUUCAGAGAAGUUACUUGAAAUGAAAGGAGAAGCUCUUUGCAAGCUGCAGAUGUAUAAUGAAGUGAUUGAGCUGUGCGAAAAGUCUCUUGAUGUUGCUGAAAAGAAUUUUUCUUCUGAUUUUGCGAAUUUAGAUGAUCUCAAUAGCAAAAGCUCAUCUUUUAUUCUUUGGAGAUGGCACCUUAAGUCCAGGUCGCACUUCCAUCUUGGAAAGCUUGAGAUGGCCCUUGACUUAAUUGAGAAGCAUGAGCAAAUGGCUUCUGUUGGGAAAAGAUCUGCAAACUUGAAUCAGGAAUCAUUAUCUCCUCUAGCAACCACUAUUCGUGAACUUUUGCAUCAUAAGAAAGCCGGAAACGAGGCAUUUAAGUCUGGAAAGUAUGUGGAAGCUAUUGAACAUUAUACUGCUGCUAUAUCCAGCAGUAUUGAAUCGCGCCCUUUUGCAGCUAUCUGUUUCUGCAAUCGAGCUGCUGCUCACCAAGCUCUUGGUCAAAUUGUUGACGCCAUUGCAGAUUGCAGUCAUGCCAUUGCUCUUGACAAGAACUACUCAAAAGCUGUUUCAAGGAGGGCUACCUUACAUGAGAUGAUUAGAGACUAUGGGCAUGCUGCAAAUGAUCUUGAGAGGCUCAUAUCCCUUCAGGAAACUCAAUCACAAGAACGGACUCGACAACCUGAAGCGCGGGAUAAGUCUAAUGGAAGCAGUGGUAAAGAAGCAAAGCAAACCCGUCAGCAGCUUUCAUUAGUUCAGGAGAAGGCUAAAAGAGGAACGCCAUUGGAUUUUUAUCUUAUUUUGGCAAUCAAGUCAUCUGAUACAGAAUCUGACAUCAAGAAGGCAUAUAGGAAAGCAGCCCUCAGACAUCAUCCUGACAAGGCGGGUCAAAGUUUUGCAAGAAGUGAUACUGUGGAUGAUGGUGGGUUGUGGAAAGAGAUCUCUGAGACUGUUCGCAAUGAUGCUGAUAGGCUAUUCAAGUUGAUUGGGGAGGCAUAUGCUGUUCUCUCAGAUACCGACAAGCGUGCAAAACAUGAUCUAGAAGAGGAAAUGAGAGAUGUUCAAAGGGAAAGCCCAAGAAGCAGCAGUUCUUGCAGAGCUUCUCAUUCUUACUCUUCUCCAUUUGAGAGGACCUACUGGUCUAGAAGACAAUCUGACUUUUGCAAUUCAUAUGGUAAAAGUAGUAGUAGGCACUAUCGGCAAGAUAAUUGGAGAACCUAUGGAGAAUCACAUUCCAGAUGGUAAAAGAUAUGCAUCUUCCAGAUAUCUGUAUAACUAGAGAUGGUGUCUCCAGCCGCUCUGAUCAUCUCGUGGCUAUUGAGAACGAACUUAAUCAGAUGGUUCUAUAUCUCAAUCUUUCUGAUUUUUGCUCAUAUGAAACCAAGGUCGAAAAGUUCAGUCAUUCCACUGACGAAGGAUUCCUUGAAUGGAUUCAGUCUUUAAACUAUGUCACCAAUUGGCUGCUAAGCAAGAACUGCUACCGACACCAAUUCUAUCUUAACAGCUUACCCCUGGACAUUCGCCAAGUACAGUCGAUUAGUUUUCUUUUUCAAAAGAUGAAGAUUUUGUUAGUUUGCAACUGCUUGGCAGGUGGAGUUGUUCGGAAAAUUUUGCAAAAAAAAAAAAGUUUAUUUUCUUUACUUUUGCCUUUUUGGGUGGAUCUUUUUACCUUGGAGUUUUGACGGGCAAAUUGUAAACUAGUUGAGAUGUUUGUAAGUUAGUCUGCAUGUAAAGGAAGGGACGAUCAUAUUUUGCUCAUGUAUAUAUGAAACUGGUUAAUUUUGCUGUCAA